CUUCUUCUAGUCUUUACUCUAAAUCCGCAAUCGAUUGCAUUCCUCCUCGUUAAUCGCGCGUUACGUUACGUUUGCAACUGAUCUGUUUGUUUCGGAGAUGAAAUCACUGGAUGUUCACAUAUUUGCCGUUAUCUGAUCUAAAAAUUCCUCCUUUUUUGGUGUGUCCGUUUCUUCUUCGUCGAUAGAUUAUUUUCACGGUUCUGUUCUAUGGCUCGAUGAUAUUGCAGCCAAGGUCUCGUGGACGCCGUUUGAUCAUCUGACGGCGGGAUAUGGCUCAGUUGUUGCAGCAUCAGGACUCCAAUGCGUUAUGCGACAAGAAUCACACGGGUUGCAUGUGGAGCGUACUUCAAUAUUUCGACUACCAUCAGCGUCUUCACGCGAACAAGUCCCCGGAAGACACGAAUUAUGGCAACGCGGAACAUGCUGGGAGUACAGAGUAUUCAAGACUGUAUGUUCCUUCAAUUAGCAAUCAACACGACAAGUCAUACAGAGAAGCAAACUCAAGGGUUGUCAAAAGAAAUUCAGGCAAGGCUCUUAGAGAGUUAAUAUUAAAGAAGUUAUUCAGGAAACUGCAUCGUAAACAAAAAAUGCUUCCAGUAACACCACGCCUGCUGCGCACAUUUUCCAUUCAUCACCUGGAGUGCAAUGAUUAUGUUCUUCCAGAGGAAAUGUCUGCUGAAAGUGAAAUAGAAGUUUUAGAAACACAAGAGACUGAUUCUUUGCAAUCCAGCAAAGAAGCUCCUCUUAUGGCAAAAGACAUAAAAUGUCAAGUUUGUGGAUCAGUUGACAUUGUAAAAAAUGUCGGUCAGGAUCAGCUUGUUGAGCUUGGAGAUCAUUUAACCGAGAACCAAACUAUACUAGUGGAAAAAUUACAUGCAGCAAGGGAAGCAUUCUUGAAGCAGAAGCAAUUAGUUGCCAAAGGGAUUGGAACAGAUGAAGUGAAAUCACCAUUGGAAAUCACCACUGGGAAUCACCAUUGGAAAAUAGCAGGAGUUCACUUUGUCAAUGAAGAAGUGAAAUCACCAUUGGAAAAAAUAUCCGUUUCAAAAUCCACAGACAAUGAUUUGCAGGCUGUGCCGUCUAGUGCUGGUAUUAAUGUAGAUAUGCUAAAAUCAGAAUCUGCAGUUCUAAAUGAUUAUGGGGUUGAUCCUGAUUCAGAGUUUGUACCCACUUCUCAUGAAAUGGAAAAUCGUACAGUUCAUGGAACUCAUUUAAAUACUUUAGUAGAUAUAACUCAUGAGAACAGGAAUGAGAAUCAUCGGAUUUCAAUGGAUGGAUUCUUGCAUAAAAUCCCCUAUGGCCAGAAGGUGCCUGAGGAAGUCCUAACGAAAAAGUUGUUCCAAUCUGCCUCAGCUAGAUCUUUCAGGGAUGUCUCAAGUUAUACUUAUGGUUUUCCUCCUAAAGUGGAUCCACAUCAAAGUAUUAAAAGGUCCCGUUCUGUUGUGGAUUCCUCGGAUCAAUAUUCUAACUUUCUCAAUUAUAUUCCAGUUGGAGAAUCCAAAAGGCUGCCUGAGAUCUUUAUCUCAGUAAAGCAAUACAGCAGUGUGCCAGACAGGAAGACCCCAAGAACCUUUGGAAGAAUUCAUUCUAAUCCAGAAUUCAGAUCUUAUCAUCUAAGUCAAGAUAUCCAAAGUGGGCUAUUUCAUGCGUCUGUUGACAUGUAUAGUCUUACUAAGCAAGAGUCAGUUGAGACCACUUUGCAUAUGAAGGACAAGAUGGAAUCGUAUAAAUCUACAGAGCAGAUUUGUAAUUUAAAUGCUAGUGGGUCAACCGAGAAACUAUCUUUGGUGAAAAUCAGUGAAACUGAGCUGAGUGAAUCAUGCAAUGUUACAGAUUCAACAACGGAGUAUGGUGGCCAUGUUCAGCUGCCUCAGAAGGAUACUGGAGCUGCGGAAAGCCCAUUCUUAGAUGGCAAGUUUCACCAGAUUGACGUACCUGAACUUUUAGAUUCAAAACAAGCGGGGAAGGGUCAUGUUACAGGGCAUGAGCUUGCAAGGAUACGUAAAAUAGACCCCAGUGAUGAACAAACAAAACAAAACCAAAAUUCUGAUCUUGACUUGUGUUUUGAAGAGGAUCUUGACAGUUCAUCAAAAUAUGCAGUCUCAAAAGAUUCCACACUCAGGAGCCUCCAUUUUGAAGGGCUCAAUUCUUUGCCACAACCAGCCAACGGCUUGGAUGUUGAUAUCUCAGCCGGGGUUGAGCCUGUUGAAUCCAGCUCCAGUAAUGAGCUGCGAGAUGGCCUUACUAGUGCUGAUGUUUCUCACAUCAGAGUGGAUCAGAAUGAUGAGGCUGAGUUCGAUUACAUCAGAAAUAUUUUAAUGGAACCUGGUUUUAGUGGUUCGGCAUGGUAUUCUCGCUACCAGUCAGUGGACCCUUUACUCUUUGGCGAAGAGGCUUGCACAUUUCAUGUAUUUGAAGCUGCAUCAUGUGAUUCUGACAAUACAUAUCUUGAUCAUCAUCUUCUUUCUGAUCUAGUAAACGAGGUCUUAUUCGAGAUCUAUGAAAAAUCUUUCACCCCUGGCAUGUUCUUACAUAUUGGUCCUCGUGUCAGGCCAAUUCCUGUGGGUUAUCACAUCCUUGAGGAGGUCUGGGCAAAAAUCAGUUGGCAUCUUAGUUCAAGAAGACAGCCAAUUCACACACUUGAAAAUGUCAUGGCAAGAGAUUUUGCCACAAGCAAUGGGUGGUUAAACCUCCAGCGGGAUGCCGAGUCUGUUGGAAUGGAGUUAGCGGGUCUUAUAUUGGAUGAUUUACUGGCUGAAUUAAUGCCCGAGCUUACUGUUGGCUGAAAUCUAUAUGCUGCAUCAACCUAGGCUUGUUGUUUGCAUGUACAUAUCAAAUUUUUUCUUCUGUUGAUGUUGAGUAUUGCUUUUUAUACCAUCAUUCAUAUGUGUACAGAGUGAAAAUAUUUGUAGUAUGUUUGGAGUGGGGAAAAAGAAUAAAAUCCUUGUAUCAUAAGAUUUGCGAUUGCAGAUAUUGAUUGAACAUCUAUAAAUUAAUUGUGUAA